AUGUCAAAAUAUACUCCAUUUAGUAAAGAAGAAAUAGCUAAAUUUAAACAAGAUUGCGUUGAUAAUAAUGGAUGGAAACAAAUUUAUAGAACUGAUGAUGUCAUGGUAUUUACACAAAAAACAGAAGGAAGUGUACUUAAAUUUAAAUGUAUUACAAAACAAAUGAAUACACUUGAACCAGAAUAUAUAUUUUCAGCUUAUUGUGAUAGAGAAUAUUGUAAAACUACUAAAACUAAUGAUGUAUUAUUUGAUGUUGUAGAAAAAUUAGAUUGUUGUAAUGAAAUUAUUCAUAGAGUACAAAAAAUGCCAAUGAUGGAUGCUAGAGAUUUUGUUUAUCAAUUAAUUAGAUAUCAUAAUAAAGAUAAAACUGAUUAUAUUCUUUAUUCUAAAUCAGUUAAUUCAGAUAUUCCACCAGUAAAAGGAUCUAUUAGAGGACAAAUGUUUGUUCAAGGAACUCUUAUAACAAAAAUUUCAAGUGGAACAUUAAUUUAUUCUCUUUCUCAUAUAGAUAUGAAUGGUAAAAUACCAAGUGCUUUAACUGGAGAUACUAUGGUUAAACAAAUGACUAAAAAAAUGAUGAAAAGAGCUAAAAAGAAUAUUGAUGGAUAUCAAAAAUGGUCAGAUGAACAUAAAGAUAUUAAUAAAUGGUGGUUAGAAACUCUUGAUUGGAUGAUUGAAUAA